GACAGUGUGUAAGCGACGCAACAUAGCAGACGGAUGACACUCGGAGAAAAUGCAAGUUGAGGACGCCAGAUAUUUGAAAAAGAAGGUAAAGGUCGGCUCGCUAGAUGUUCACCCGACAGAGAAAGCGCUUGUGGUCAACUAUGAGCUUGAGGCCACCAUCCUCGGCCAGCUGGGAGAUGCCAUGCUGGGCGACAGGAAGGAGUGCCAAAAGAUCAUCCGCCUGAAGAGCCUUGACGACAACACGGACAUAGCUGCAUUGGCCCGUGAAGUGGUGGACAAGUGCAAGCUGAUCCAUCCCUCGAAGCUGAGUGAAGUACAGCACCUCAUCUCCUAUCUGCUCACCAGGAAGGAGAAUGUCAAAGACAGCCACAUCUCUCUCGAUAACUCCUCCCCGGAAGGCACGACCGAACAGGCCAACCUCAAUGAGUUGGAGUCUUACAUGGAGAUGCUGUAUGAGGAGAUGCCUGAGAAGGUGCGAGGGGCGUCGCUCAUCCUGCAGUUAGCGAGGAACCCGGACUACUUGGAGGAACUGUGCCAGAAUGAAACUGUUCUUGGUGCACUGGCCAGGGUGCUGCGUGAAGACUGGAAAAAGAGCUUGGACCUGAGUUACAACAUAGUCUACACUUUCUUUUGUUUCUCAGUCUUCUCAAACUUCCACACUGUUAUUUCCCACUUUAAGAUCGGGUCCCUUUGCAUGGAUAUCAUAGAUGGUGAACUCCAGCGCACAGAUCAGUACCGUGACCAGCUGACCAAGCGCAAGAAGGGGGCUGAUGGCAUGGCAGAUCCUGCCAAGCUGCAACAGGACUAUGAACGUAACUUGAAGAAGUACCAGGCAGUUGUGGCCAAACAAGACCAGGUGCUACGAGUGUGUACAUACCUCUUACUCAACAUUGCUGAGGAUGUACGGGUAGAGGAGAAGAUGCGCAGGAAGAACAUCGUUGGCCUGCUGGUGCGCAUGCUGGAACGAGAGUCAACAGACCUCCUCCUCCUUGUUGUAUCCUUCCUCAAGAAACUGUCUGUUUAUAUGGAGAAUAAGGAUGAUAUGGGUGACUUAAAUAUCGUAGAAAAAAGUGAGUCGCCUGAUUGGCACAUGAACAACAGUGACCUCAAUGUCUGGACUCUCCCUUCAUUUGAUGCCAACCUCAGAACCAAGAUGAUCAAAGUUGGUCUUCUUCCCAAGCUUGUGUCCCUCAUAGGCGAGGAAAGACACCAACAAGCAGUAUUGGCGGUUCUAUAUCAUCUAAGCGUUGACGACAAGUGCAAGUCCAUGUUUACAUACACUGACUGCAUUCCGACAGUGAUGAAAUUGGUGCUGAGUUCCCCAGGCCCUCAAGUCCCACUGGAGCUGAUGGCCCUGGCUGUUAACCUGGCAGCCAACAAACGGAAUGCACAGCUCAUCUGUGAAGGGGCCGGGCUGAAGCUGCUCAUGAAGAGGGCCCUAAAGUACCGUGACCCACUGCUCACUAAGAUGAUUCGCAACAUUGCCCAACAUGAAGGACCUACCAGGGAGCUCUUUAUGGACUUUGUCAGUGAGCUCUGUGAAGUUGUGAGUAGUGGGGGAAGCGAUGAGUUUACCCUCGAGUGUGUGGGCGUUUUGGGUAACCUCUCUCUGCCAGAUCUGGACUAUUGCCAGCUUCUUACCAAAUACCAGCUGAUUGAUUGGAUUAAGAAUAGUCUCCAACCUGAUGCCGUAGAGGAUGACCUUGCCCUAGAGGUGGUGGUUCUCCUGGGAACUGUGGCUGGGGACCAGGCUUGCGCAGAGCUCAUAGUGGAGACAGGCAUACUCCAGGCACUCGUCAACCUGCUUAAUGCUAAACAAGAGGAUGAUGAAGUUGUACUCCAGAUAGUAUAUGUUUUUUACCAACUAACGCGCCAUGAGAGUACACGGCCACAAGUCAUAUCCACAACUGAGGUUAGCACUUACCUAAUCGACCUUAUGCACGACAAGAACACAGAAAUCCGAAGGGUGUGCGACACAACACUGGAUAUAAUAGCUGAAACGACGAAGAAACGGCCACGAGGAUCCAGUGUGCCACAAGUUCCGCUGGUACAAUAG